GUGCAGGUGCCUCUGUACCAGAUGCUGCUGCCACCGAGCCACCUCCUCCGAGCCGACCAAGGGGCUUGACCCAGCGCUGCUGCAUCGCGGGUGUUUUUUUUCCCUGGGCGCUGCUGCCACUGCUCAUAGCCCUGGACUCUCCGCCCUCCCUCUCAACCCAGCGCCCGGGCGGGCGCCUGCAGGGGCAGGGGGCGGGGUGGGGAGCAGGAGCUUGUCCGCUGGUCGCCGCCUCCUCCGCAGCCUGCUGGAGCCUUGAAACCGCGACCUGCCUCCGCCUCUUCCUCCCGCGGCUCCAGCCCACCUUCCGCGCCUCGUCCUCCAGCCGCCCCCGCCGCUGCGCCCCCGGCGGGCGGCUGCCUGGGCAGACCGGGGAGGGGACCCUGCGCCGCGUCCUCCUCGCGCUCGGCUCGGCUCCGCGCGGCCCGGCCCGGGAGGCGUGCAUGCCCCGGCGGCCCGCGGCGCUCACCAGCAGCAUGCUCUAUUUUCAGAUGGUGAUCAUGGCAGGGACGGUGAUGCUGGCGUACUACUUCGAAUACACCGACACGUUCACGGUGAACGUGCAGGGCUUCUUCUGCCACGACAGCGCCUACCGCAAGCCCUACCCGGGCCCGGAGGACAGCAGCGCGGUGCCCCCAGUGCUCCUCUACUCACUGGCUGCCGGUGUCCCAGUGCUCGUGAUUAUAGUUGGAGAAACUGCUGUAUUUUGCCUACAACUAGCCACAAAGGAUUUUGAAAACCAGGAAAAAACUAUCUUAACUGGAGACUGUUGCUAUAUAAACCCACUAGUGCGGAGAACAGUAAGAUUUCUUGGAAUUUAUACAUUCGGACUAUUUGCUACAGAUAUCUUUGUAAAUGCUGGACAAGUAGUUACAGGGAACCUGGCUCCACAUUUUCUUGCCCUGUGUAAACCCAACUAUACGGCGCUUGGAUGUCAACAAUAUACCCAGUUCAUUAGUGGGGAAGAGGCCUGCACAGGCAACCCUGAUCUCAUCAUGAGAGCAAGGAAAACAUUUCCAUCCAAAGAAGCAGCUCUCAGUGUCUAUGCAGCUAUGUAUCUGACAAUAAGACAGAGAGAAAUUGAGAGGGGCAAGGAAACAGAAGGCAAAAAGGAAGAAAGACAACUGCAGACCUGCUUUACUACUGGUGAAGCUUCCUCUGUGCAGAUGUACAUUACCAACACAAUCAAAGCCAAAGGAACAAGACUUGCUAAGCCCGUUCUAUGCUUAGGCUUAAUGUGUUUGGCCUUUCUUACUGGACUCAACAGAGUAGCAGAAUAUCGAAAUCAUUGGUCAGAUGUGAUAGCAGGAUUUCUGGUUGGAAUAUCUAUAGCAGUUUUUCUGGUUGUAUGUGUGGUAAAUAAUUUCAAAGGAAGACAAGCAGAAAAUGAACAUAUACACAUGGAUAGCCUGGCACAGAUGCCGAUGAUAAGCAUCCCUCGAGUAGAAAGUCCUUUGGAAAAGGUAACAUCUGUACAGAACCACAUCACCGCCUUUGCAGAAGUCACAUGAUAUUGAAACAGAUGGAUUUUCACUGCACUGGACAUCGUCCCUUUUCACCAUCCAUUCGUAACACCCAAAGUUUGACUACAAACAUUUAUAAAGUUGUCUAAUGAUUUUUUAUGAUUUUAAAAUCAGUGUCAGUCUAUCUGUUUCCCCCAACUAGACUGUGAGCUCCUCAAGGGCAGGACUGUGUCUUUUUUUCUCUGUACAUCCCAAACAUCUACAACAAAACUUCGCACAAAGUAGGUGUUCAAUAAAACUAGGAUGACUGGGUGAGCAAAUUAAUUCUUAAACCCUUCAUUUACAUUUCCCAGAGAAUCACUAAACUAUUUGAAAAGAAACUUCUAUAGGGGUCAUAUUUGUGUAUGAAAUCUCUCCAUUUUGAGUCAGAUAAACUUUUAAUUUUUUUUUAAUAUCUUACUCAGCAGUGUACCUUAUUUUAUUUGAAGUGGAUCUGGAAAGUCAUGGGGGUUUUUAUUUUAUUAUUCAGCAUGAUAUUAUUUUCAUUCUAACAUUUCAAUGUGUGGUUUUACUUUUAGGAAGUAUUUUCUGUACUAAAAUAAUGUUUGCAUUUAAUAUUAAGCUAUAUUUCACUUAAAGACACCAUUCAUACUAUACAUUCUAAGACUGGUGCUUCUGCUUUUGAAGGAGAAAAAAUGCCCAUUUUUACUGUAAUAAGUAAUGUAUCAUAAUUAAAAAAUUAUUUAUUUGGACUUUCUGUUUCUGACAAUUGUGGUUUAAUUGUUGAUUUAUAGUUUUGAAUAAAGGCAGUAUUUAGGGCUGUCUAAAUGAUGAAAUCCAGCAAGACUGAGUUAUCUAACAAUUUUCCCUUAAUAAUGGUAUUUCAAGAGUGAUCAAAGUCUCCAUUAGGCUUUAUACUAGUCAAACGUCCGUGCAAUUUAGAUCGGAAGGAUCUACACUGGAGAACAUAAUUUAAAUUAUAAAGCUGCAACAAAUGCGGUUAACAUAUUUUGCUUUACAUAAAUACAGUACUUACUAAUCUACAUUUUUUCCCUUUAAUCCAUCUAGUAGUCUUCACAAUGAGUUUGGGUAGCACUGAGAAUUUGACUUAAAGUAAUCUUAAAGAUAAUAAAAAGUAAGCCAAGGAAGACCGAUAGCAUAAUUAAUUUCUUGCAGCUAGUUAAAAUUAGUAAAAACAAAUUCAGGUUUUCUUACCCCACACUAAUAAUUCUUUUAAAGAUCAUUUAUGAUGCAUCAAGACCUUUCUGAGGUCAGUAAAGACUAGUCCAACUACCUGUGCUUAAAAACAACAAUAAAGAAGUGCCAAAAUGGACUAUAAAAAUUUAGGCUGUCAUUAAAAUUGUCAUGUUUUUAAAAUAUAGGCUUUUUAAGGGUAGCACUACCAAGUAACCUAUUUGUAAUUAUACUUUAAAAUAAUAAUAUCAAGAAUCUAGAUCUUUUGUAAAAAUCAAAAAUGAAAUCAGCAGCCCCUCUUGUCAACCACCCUCCCUAGCCCCAUGCCCUAACCCCAACUUCUGUAUACUGAGCAUGUGGAUUUAGGAAUGAAAUCAUGAUGAUUUCAGGAAGAUGAACUACACUUUGAGAAGAACACUUAAUAGACUUUUCAACCAUACAUUACAAUAUUUAAAGCUACCCUGAGUAGCUUUGGUUUAUAUGAGCAGCAGUUAGCUGGUUACAAUAAAUCUCUCUAACUUUGACCUUACUAAGGAAAAUAAAAUUUAAAUGUUUACAUUCAAAAUCAGUAAAUAAAUAUAACCAAAGACUGUCCGUUAUUCCCAAAAUAGAUAUUACUGGUUCUUUUCCAUCACAGUGAAAGUGAAAACACUUUUAACAGGGUAAUAAUAGAAAAACCUGUAUUUCUACCAACUUCAAACUUCUGGAGCAGUUAAAUUGUUGGAAAUUUAAGAGAUAAAAAUAAAAAAGCUUGUAAUGCCUUGACCCUCUUUAAAGACAUCUUAUCCCAUAUCAGGAGUGGGGAAGUAAUUUACUGAGAGUGUAAAUGGAAGCAGAAUGAGUACAACACCUUAGGAAGCGGGAUUCCCAACACGAUUUCCAGAGAGAAAUUAGUUCUAACAGUGUUAGCAUCCAUUUUCCAAGGAGCCUUAGAUAGAUACUUAUCUGUAAAUGGUGCGCCUUGCUAAAACUGAUCUGAAUGCAAGAUUUAUGACUUCAUCAAAAACCUAAAUUUGAUCCAGAAUGAGAGUAAUAUCAUCUGUAAUAUUAAAUGCCAUGGGCUAAGAUUGUGAAAUAGAUUCUUUUGCCAUGAAUGAAAUUCAGAAGAAUAAGAAAAUACAGAUGCAUAAGGAAGUGGGGUGGGGAAGCCAGCAAAAAAAACCUUAACCAUGAUGCUGUUGCUGACAACGAAAGGAAGGAAGGAAGGAAGGAAGGAAGGAAGGAAGGAAGGAAGGAAGGAAGGAAGGAAGGAAAAAAGGAAGGAGAAGAAAGGAAGGAGAAGAAAGGAGAAGGAAGGAAAUGAAGAAAGGAAAGCUUAAAAAAAUAUUAAUUUGUAAAUAUAUACAUACAUAGUUUAGUAAAGUAAGCAAACACAUAUCUUUCUGAUAAAGACAUCUUUUUAUUCUACUUGGGGCCCAGGUCAGUAUAAGUUAAUUGGUCAGCCUGAAAAUUUCAAUAUCCUCUAUUUGCAUGUCAGAAAUUCUGCACAUGUUUUAUCUGAUUCCUAAGAUUAUGUAAAAGGCUCUUUUAUGUUAAAAGAGAGGUGAAACUUCUUUGACAGACUUUGUUUAUUCUAUUCUUAACUGGGCCUCUCUUUUCUCAGGAUCUAUCCUAGCCAAAUAUCUCAGUUAAAUUUACCAUACAGUUUCCUUUGUGAAAGAGCAGUAGGGGAGGAAAUAAUUCUCUACUGUGUAUUGUAUUUUUCAAAUAAAAUUUUCAAAACUGAAAUUAAAAUAUUAA